AUGGCAAAAUUCCUCGCACUCCCUGUGGAGCUACUAACCCUGAUUACGUCUCAAUUAGACUUUGAGUCUCUCAAGGCCCUGAGGCUAACCCACCAGAAACUAGGUGAUUAUGCCGAUAGAGAGUUCUUCCGUAUUGUCUCAUUGUAUGACGAGAAGGAGAGCUGCGAAGCUUUCAAGUCUAUUAUACCAAACCCACGACUGAAACAUAACGUGCGCAAGAUCUACCUCAACACUGUGGAGCAGGAUUAUGAUUACGACGAGGAAGGAGAAAGCGUACCACCCCGCAAAUGGCGAAGGCUGUUGCCGUUGUUAUCAGAGCUUCCGAAUCUGGAAAGUGUUGUUCUACGCUUUGACAAGAACUGUAUUGUCGAUCCCCAGUUUGCCGACAAACCACAGACAGAGCUUUAUCGUGUGAUCACUAUGAAAUGGCUCUUUGGUGCACUCGUGUCUUUGCAGCACCCAUUGGAAGAACUUGCGAUCCGGAACCUUCAAAAUACGGCUCCGCCCCCUGCGGCUAUUGUAGAGCAGAUGAAACAAGUCUUGAGUACGCUGGCGUCUUUAAGACUCAAUGCGGUGCAUGAAAGGGAAGAGUUCGAUCCAACAACGGCGAUCCAUAAAGAUGAACCGCAUCAGUUCUUUACACAUACCCUGGCAACAUACUGGCUUAAGCCCGCGAUGGGAUCACUUCGAAAGCUCUCUUUGUACUCCAGCUUGCCUUGGGGCUUUUAUCCACGUGUUGAACUGGAGGGAGUUCACUUCCCUAAUUUGACGUCGCUCACUCUUGGCAACUUCACCUUUUUUGAAGACAAGCAACUGGACUGGAUUACAUCACACUCAACUAUCCAGCAGCUCUGUCUUGAUGACUGCCCCAUCCUGUUUCAGAUCACGGUAGAGGACUCGGGACAUCAGCUGUCUCUGGAUCCAUUAACCAGAUCAGACAGGCGGAGCAGCACAGGGCCCGACAUGCGACCCGUCAUGUCCUAUACGGAGCCCAACGGGAGGGUCGUCACCUGGCUUAGAUGCGACUAUCCAAGACGGUGGUAUGAUUAUUUUGUUGCGUUUCAGGAACGUCUUCCGCACCUCUGCCACUUUGGAUUUGGGAUCAACGAGGGCUGGGAUGGAUGGGACAUGCCAUUCGAAAGGGAAAUGCACAUUAGGCCUGCCUUGAAGAAAACACGGUAUAUGAUUUUCUAUGACGGGGUGGAAUGUAUUCCAACCGAUGCAAACGUGCAUAGACAUAUGUCCGUUCCAGACAUUCUCCACCCACCAAACUGCGAUGAUGAAGAUCGGGAGGCAUUGAAGGCAUUGUAUAAGAGAAUUGGGCAGCAGGUUGACUAUGGAAAAUUCCAAAUCGGCCGCUAUACCGUGGAAAACCUGCUAGAGACGCACCAGUCCUAG